CCCGUCUGUCUAAAAAAAACCACGCAGCCCGAUCCAGAGAUCCCCAACCUCCUCUCCUCUCCCAAUCCACUCGCCGCCGUCCUCCCUUCCACCUCCUCUCCUCCGUUCGUCCGCCCCAUGCCCCUGCCGUGUGCGCCACGCCGGCGGCCGCGCGCCCGCCGCUCCAUGUCUCGCGCCGCUGCCCGCCCCCGCCCCCUCCGCCACGCCGCCAGCUCCACCUCCGCUACGGCAUGCCGCUGCACCGCGGCCUCCUUACCCGCGGCAUCGGCAUCGGCGUGGGACUGGACCCGCUGGAGCUGGCACUUCGCGGAGGUGGACCAGGCCGAGAUCUACGCGUCCGUGCUGCGCUUCCAGCUGGAGGAGGCCGUGGAGGCCGAGGACUUCGCCGAGGCCGCCGCCCUCAAGCGCGCCCUCCUCGACGCCACCGCCGCCGACGCCGUCUCCUGCAUCAUGGCCGAGCUCAAGAGCGCCAUCGAGGAGCAGCGCUACCAGGACGCCUCCAGGCUGACCAAGCUCGUCGGAACCAGCCUGGUUUUGAGAUCUUUGCUUUCCCAUGCAACCAGUUUGGUGGGCAGGAACUUGGCAUUGAUAAGGAAAUUGUUCAGAUUGCGUGCAUGCCGAGUAUCUGAUUUCUGACAAGGGUUCUGGUAGCGACGAUGAUGGUCGUCGAGAGGUUCAUGGACUGGACGGUGUCGUGGCUACCGAUGUACAGAGAAGCGAAGCUGCUGCUCGUUCUCUACCUCUGUCACCCCAACACACGGAGUGCGGGGAGCGGGGCACGUGUACGAUGGCUUCCUCCGUCCGCUGGUGGCGAGGCACAAGGACGACAUCGACCGGUCCAGUUGGAGCUGAGGGCCAGAGCGAGGGACGUGACUGCGUUGCAACUCAAGGCUGCGGCUGUCGUCAGUCAGGUGUGGCUCUUCGAGGCUAUCUAAUAUGCUUCGUCGCAGCUGCAGGCCCGCGAGAUCAGGCCGGGCAGGCGCCGCACAUUGACGAGUGGUCCAAUUUUUGGAUCGGGCCAUAACAAGUUACGUAGGUAGUUGCUUAUGUAACUGUGCGAUAGAAUGGAAUUAUACAUGAGUUGCUGCUACAAGGACGAACGUAGUUGCUUAUGUAACUGCGAUAGAAUGAAAUUAUACAUGAGUUGCUGCUACAAUGAGGAACUGGAGAAGAUACGACAACUGUGUGAUAGAAUGAAUUUGGUUGUUUUUUUAA